AGAAAUGCCAGGAUUUUCAGAGGAAAGAAGGCUUCUCAGAGAGCUGUUUGUGCCAAGAUCUGCUCAACCAUCUCUGCGAUUUUGAAUCUGGGGUGUCUUCGUGACUGUGCUUCUUCAAGAGCCAUCCUUAAGGAUUGGAACAUCUCCCCGUCUCGCUGCAGACCUCCUCCGCGGCCACCGGACUAAGAUUUUGGGUGGUUUAGCCGCCUCUCCUUGAUACCACCGGAAGUUCUCUUGUGUAUGGCAAUUGCCGUUAAUGGCAGUUACCACUUGCUUUCAAUGUUUCGUUGUUGGACUCGCCCUUUGGGCUUUUUAUGUUUGUAAUUUUCUUCCUUGGCCCAACGGUCCAUUGUAAAAUUCUCCUUCAAAAAUUGCUUUAAUUUUCGAAAAAAAAAAAAAAGAUAAUGAAGUUGUUUUUGUUACAUUUAUUCCUGACAAGACCGUUACUGAUUUUCUUUUUGAAUACCUAAUUUUAGACUUAUAUACUGAAAGAUCGAAUGUCAAAUUUGGGGACUUUUUGACAACAAUUUCAAUAAUCUUGAUGUACUACUGCUUAUUAAUACAAUUUAUAUUUAUAUUGAACCAACAAGUAACAUGUUUUAUGGCAAUUAAUAAACCCAACUCUGUAAAUAUUAUGCAAUACGACUUAGGCAAGUCAUUAUUCAACUCUCUGAGUCAACAAGUGAGCAACGAACAGGGUCCUCUUUAACCUCGGCAAUUAUCAGCCGAUGCCAGCAACAUUUUUGUAUUCUGAUGAUCGUUUCUCCAGCGCAUCCCAUCUUCUCCAUAGUUUGAUUCAUUUUUGAAGAAUUUGUACGAGAACCAUGGCUUCAAUAUAAAACCAUGAGGAAUCUUCAAAGAAAGUGAAAAAACUUCACAAGAAGGGAGAUAGGAUCAGCAGUUUGACAGACUCUCUACUUGUUCACACUCUCUCUUUCCUUCCUACAAAAUACACAGUUGGAACCAGCACACUCUCAUCAAGAUGGAAACACCUAUGGGCUUCUGUUCCCACUCUAGACUUCGAUGGCAACUUGACAUUUAAACCUCAUUCAGAUAUGACUUCUUCCAACUUCAUGAACUUUAUUGAUCGAGUUCUUUUCAAUCAUGAAUCGUCCUGUAUUCAGAAGUUUUGUUUGAAAUGUAAUGAAAAAACUGAUUUAUUUAGAAUAUAUACAUGGAUAAGUGUAGCCAUAAAACGUGGUGUUCAAGAACUUGAUAUACAUUUUGGAUCACGUGGGCAAGAUGUUGACUUACCUAUAAGCCUCUUCACUUGCCCAACAUUGAUGGUCUUGAAACUGGGAAAUGAAGUUAGAUUUAAUGUUCCUUGCUCUUCCUAUUUCAGAAGUCUCAGGAUUCUCCAUGUUUCAUUUGAGUAUCUUGACAAUGACUGGAUGCAAAAUCUCGUGCGUAACUGCCCUGUUCCUGAAGAUCUGUCAAUAGAAGGAAUGGUUCCGAAUAAUAAUGAAGAACUAAUUAUUGAUUUCUCCACCCCUGCUUUGAAGAGUUUAAAACUAGACUUUGAUGCAGAAGAGUAUUCUAAAAAAAUUGAGUCAACCAAACAACAUGCUGAUCGUGUUCUUGUGAUUCUCAGGGAAAUUUGUACUGUCAAAUAUCCAUCUCUCGGCGCUGAUACCAUGGGGGCUCUCGACUAUGCUCGUGACAAUGAACUGCUUUUGUUCACUAAUUUGAUUCGUUUGGAGCUGCAUUGUUGGAUGCACGAUGAAGAUAAUGCUUCUGAGGAUUUCAAUUUUGUUGAACAAGAAGUGGUGCCUUGUUGUCUGUCGAUGCAUCUUCAAGAAAUUGAAAUUUCUGGAGUUAGGGGGCUGAGUGGUGGGCUGAGGCUGAUGGAGUAUUUUCUGACAAAUGGCAGUGUAUUGCAUAAGAUGACAAUCAAUUCUUGUAAUUCAGUAGAAAAGCAAGAGAGAGAGGAGCUUCUCAAGAAACUGCUAAUGUUUCGAAGAGGUUCAAUAAACUGUCAAAUUUUAUUUUUGUAAGAUCUUUUCUGUCACGCGAUCACGAGGGCUUGUAUCUUUAGUUGCACCUGUUCUUUCUGUUUUUGUUACAUUUAUUGGUGAGAAGGCAGUUACUGAUUUUCGCUUUGAA